CGCUCCCAGCAGCUGCAGCGUCCGGCGUGGCUGACCCCGGCACCGCACCGCUCGAGCUCUGGCCUGCCCGUCAACAUUGGCGUGCUCUUCGUGCCGCAGCAGGAGGCUUGGGUGGUGGAGAGGAUGGGCAAGUUCCACCGAAUCCUCGAGCCUGGUUUGAACUUCCUCAUCCCUCUGCUGGAUCGGAUCCGUUACGUGCAGAGCCUCAAAGAAAUCGUCAUUAACGUCCCAGAGCAGUCAGCUGUCACCCUGGAUAACGUCACCCUGCAGAUUGACGGUGUGCUCUACCUGCGGGUUAUGGAUCCCUACAAGGCCAGCUACGGGGUGGAAGAUCCUGAGUAUGCAGUGACCCAGCUGGCCCAGACCACCAUGAGAUCUGAACUUGGCAAACUCUCCCUUGACAGAGUCUUCCGGGAGCGGGAGUCCCUCAACGCCAACAUCGUGGAUGCCAUCAACCAGGCCUCGGACUGCUGGGGCAUCCGGUGCCUGCGCUAUGAGAUCAAGGACAUCCACGUCCCCCCUCGGGUGAAGGAAUCCAUGCAGAUGCAGGUGGAAGCAGAGCGACGGAAGCGGGCGACAGUGCUGGAGUCAGAGGGGACGCGGGAAUCGGCUAUCAACGUGGCUGAGGGGCAGAAGCAGGCGCAGAUCCUGGCAUCCGAAGCUGAGAAGGCCGAACAAAUCAACAAAGCUGCUGGAGAGGCCAACGCCAUGCUGGUCAGGGCCAGGGCCAAGGCGGAGGCCAUUCAGCUCCUGGCAGCUGCUCUGGCUCAGCAGCACGGCAGCGCUGCCGCAUCGCUCUCUGUGGCAGAGCAGUACGUGAGCGCCUUCUCCAAGCUUGCCAAAGAUUCCAACACCCUCCUGCUGCCCGCCAACACCGGCGACGUCACCAACAUGGUCGCACAGGUCGGUGUGGUCGGGGGGAGCCCGUUUGCCUGGGGCGGGUGA